CAGAUCUGUAAAAAAGUUUAUACCUAAAUUUUUGGUAUACUGAGAAAAACGCAACAGAAAAAAAAACCUGAUUUUAUUUCCGAUUCAAUACUGAAAUUAAUGUAACGUUUUUGUUAAAUAAAACUUUUUUCAAUGUACUUCCUAUUUUCUAAUAUUUUGGUAUAUACUUCUAUAAUAUUUUAUUUCAUUUUAGUACAUUAAAUUCUGAAAAUAGCAUGAAAGGGCUUCUAUUUUUUGCUAUUACUUGUGUAUUAGCUGAUGUGUCAGUUAGUUUGACUCCGUUUCAACUGCGAUACAAGAUCAGUAAAACACAAUGUGCUCCAGUGAGUGGAUAUGAAGACAAAGUUAUUCCAUGUUACGAUUUCAGAAGAAUGAAAAUAGUUGACCCUACGAAAUGUGGACACAAAGCAUAUUCACACUGCUGUGUAUACAAUUGCACUUGUAUUAUGAAAGGAGCGGGAACAUCAGCUGGCAUUAUUCCAGAAAAUUUCAAAUUGAAGAUUGCUUCUCCAAUAAAGAAAAAGCACAUACCACCACGUUUACUAGAAGGUUGUGUACCGGACCCACCGGUUGACGAUUCUACAACAGUAAAACCACCAGUAAAGCCAUCAGAAAGACCAGUUAUUGUCAAACCAAAACCAAGUGUACGAAGGCCAAUUGUGCCAACGAAGAAACCAAUUCCAAGAAAGCCCGUUCUAAAACCAAAGAAGCCCGUGUCAAAGAAGCCGGCCAGAAAACCAACAAUCAAAAAACCUGUCUCGAGAAGACCAGCAAUAAGAAAACCCACAAUAAAAAAACCGACUGCAAAAAGACCGGCAACAAAGAAGCCAUGGACCAAAAAACCUACAUCUAGAAAACCAGUUGUGAAGAAGCCCAUGGCAAUAAGACCGAUACCAAAAAAGACAGUCAAAAAGCCUGUCCCAAGAAAACCUUUAAAUACCAAAAAACCGAUCGCAAGAAAACCAACACAAAAAAAACCAUUAAAACGGAAACCCCCAGUAAAGAAACCAACACCCUCUCCAAAAACAACAAAGAAACCGUGUGCCAAAUCAACCAAAGCAACCAAAAAGCCUGCAUUUUCACUUGAUUUUUUCUCCCGACUUUCCUUUAUGAUGCGCGGUUUUGGAUUCAACUCAGAAGUAGUUGAAAAUGAUGAUUGUUAAUUUCAAGUAUACAUAAAACAGUGUUUUAACUAGUACUGCAUCAACAUUCUGAAUAAAACAACGUUUGUUAAUUUACAACAAAAUCAAAAUCAAAAAUGUUUGCUAUAAUAAUUAUUCUUUCAUUCUAAAAAUAUAGAGUUUUAUUUUUUAUCCUCUAUUAUUUUGACAAUUUUCGUGUGUAAAUGUCUGAAAAUCAAAAAGAAGGAAGAUGUAUGAUCACUAUUUUUUGUAAUAAAUCUUUGUAAUGUGAAUCCAAGCGUGAAGUAUAGACAAACUAAGUCAAAAUUUUGUUUGGUGUUAUCCCAGUUUGUCGCUAUUAUAGAACCAAGGAACUCACAAGUUGCAUCUUUAUUAUCAACUUGACUUCAGUAAUAAUAAGAUAUUGGAUGUAAAGCAAUUUGUUUCACUAAGAGACUCACAGCAAUCCUGCUUAUUAUAUAAUAUGUAAAAUCUAGACAACCAUUCUUUGAAAAAUUAUUUUAGAAUUCAGGGAUGAUUUUUAAUAUAAAUUCAUAUGUGGAUUUUCAAUCUAGUCU